AUGUCUGCCUACGGACCACAGCCUACGCGCCCCGAUCGCCCCCUCCUUCCCUCGACAGCUUGGCACCUUGCUCCCGCCAAACUUGGCAAACCCGCGAGCCCGUUCUCGUUUCUGACUCUGCACCAUCUUACUGCAUCAACGGCGCGAUCCAUCGACGGGCUCAUUGAUUAUACGCACUCGGUCUUUGCUGCCGAGGUCGAGUCGGGCUUGACCUAUCCGCAAGAGGUCGCAUACGGCGAGCAGUAUACACGUGAAGCAUUCGAAGCCUACAUUUGGGGAGCGGAUGUCAUUCUCGCGAUCGGUGUCACUGGUGAUACUGCGAGCGUAGCAAACGGUGCUAGUGUCGACAUUGGCGUCGAAGAGGCGAGAGGUGGUAGAACCUGGGAUGAGUCCCUUGUCGGGUUCUACUAUGUGAAGCCCAACUACCCCGGUCGCUCUUCGCAUAUCUGCAACGCUGGUUUUGUCAUUACGCCCGCUCAUCGCCAAUUUGGCUACGGCAAAGUUCUGGGCACAUCGUAUCUGCACUAUGGGCCUGCACUCGGCUUCAAGGCAAGCGUGUUCAACUUGGUGUACACGUCAAAUGUUGGAAGUCUGAGGAUCUGGGACUCUCUUGGAUUCCAGCGCGCUGGUCUCAUCCCCCGCGCUGGCCGGCUACGAAAGCCGGACGGCUCGGGAGAGGUCUGGACAGAUGCUGUAGUCUUCUACAAGUCCUUCAUACCGGACGAGGAGUGGGCAUAG